UACAAAUGUGUCUUGCAAAGUAUGAUCAAAUCUUGGAAUAUUUAAUGAAAACAUCUUAUUUCAGAUGGCUAUUUGGUAAAAAUGUAAAAUACCGCUGUGUGUGUGAUAUAUCCUCAAAUGAACUGCAUGUGUACUGCACGUCUAUUCACUGAUACAAUAGGCAAGGCUACAUCUACGUAAGUCAUGCGCGUCUCCACCCCCCGCACCUCGAACUCUCGGCACACUCUCUCCCAUCUCAGUUGCGUUCACUACUAGAAUGAGGAUCGCCAAAGCUUUUCGAAGAAAAGAAAACACUAAUGGAAUUAAGCUUUCAGAAGAGAAUUUUCAAGAAGAGAUUCAGCGAGGAACUGCACCAACAAACGCAUUAGCAAUUAUCUUCUGACUUUGAAGAGUAACAUUAAUGUUAAUGUAGUGUUCGCAUAGCUUUAUUGUUUUGUUUUGUUUUGAGAACACAACGCAGAGUAUUUGUGAUAAGUGUGUCAGGCACUUGUACAUGUUAAACAAGGCAAUUUGAUUCAGAAGUUUUUUUUUAAAUAAGAAAGGACUUUUCCCGUGCGUAACGGUGUGUAUGGCGCUUGAAGGUGUUGGAGAGGCGUACGUUCUCUCUUCAACUCCACCGCAGAAUUUGCGAUGGCGAAGUGGUUUAAAGAAUUCCCCAUCAACUUCAGAAACGGAUCCGAUAAAAUUCGUUCUGCCCUGGAGUCGGACUCCCAGAACCGUGAAAAGCCUGGAGGGACCGUGGGCAUGGGUACCAAAGAGACCGCGCCGCGGGGGAGUCCGCGUAAAGGCUUUGGCGGUGGAGUGAGCUGCCUUCUGUCAGGGAGGAAUCGGAAAAAUUCUGCCAACGACUCCUGUCGUAGCGUGAAUAAAGACGAGAAGGUUUGGGACAGUCUGCUGAGAAGAAACUCGAAAUCAGUGGCUGGAUGUGAGGAACACCGGGCACUUAAGAAUUGUAUCUCGGCAAGCACUUACAUCACCCGGCUCAUCAAAGUGGAGAAACAAGAUAGGAUACAAAAUCCCAGCAGGGCAUGUAGUCCUCUGACUGAAGAACCGGAUAAGGGCACGACUGUGGGCAAAACCGACACGGUGAUUAUUAGGGAGGAUUACGCUGAUCCGUUCGAUGCCCAGAGUGAGCAGAAUGUGGCACCACGGCGGGGAGAGAACGAUGGGUACAUGGAGCCGUAUGAUGCACAACAGCUCAUUACAGAGAUCCGGCGCAGAGGUUCCAAGGACCUACUGAAGACGUCAACUCUCCCGGAGGGUGGUGACGGACCAAGGGAAGACUUGAAGUCUUCUUCUCCUCUGCUGAUCUAUGACGACCCAUACGAGGGGGCCAUUGAGACCCCAGUGAGUCGGCCGGAACCGGACCCCCGCUCCCCUGCGGAGUACGAGCUGCCCAGGGAGUGGAGGAGGGAGCAGAUCCUGAAGGCACUGUCAGUUCCAUCUGAUGACGCUGAUCGCCCCGACCACCCGGCCCCAGCCCGAGAGGAGGCGUCCCAUCUCUCCUGGCCCCUGAUGCAGCACCUGCAGAGGUGCAGCUGGACCCAGAAGGUGCCCAGGCCCCCGGCUGGGGGCGCCGAGGGGGACGGGGGCAGGGUGGAUCCCAGUAUGCCUCUGGAGAAGCAGAGCUGGUACCAUGGCAGUGUGACACGCCAGGAAGUGGACUCUCAGCUUCAGUCCUGCAAAGAGGGCAGUUUCCUGGUCAGAGACAGCGAAUCAGGAACCAGCAAGUACUCCAUCGCUCUCAAGACGAAUCAGGGUUGUGUGCACAUCAUCGUGGCGCAGACGAAGGAGAGCGGCUACACGCUGGACCAGAGCCGCUGCACUUUCCCCAGCAUCCCCCAGGUGGUGCACUACUACUGCAGCCAGCCGCUGCCCUUCCCCGGCGCCAAUCACAUGACCCUGAUGCACCCCGUGCCUCGCUCACUCUAGUCACAUGACCAGGGUGCUCCGCCGGCACUACCUGAGAGAUUUCCACCGGGACUAGAACUGUCUGAAAUAGAACUUUUAUAUGUCGUGGCAGAUUUUCAUAUGUAAGGAGGAUGUGUAUUGUGAAAUAUACAGUGAAGGAUGUUUUGUGAAGCUGUUUUUCUCAACUGCGAUAUGCUGUAACACAUGAGAAAAUGCAACUGUCUACACUCACAUCACCAGUUUAUAUGAAUCCGGGCAGGACAGAUAGGACAGUUCCACUACCGUAAUGCAGCUAAUUUGAGAAAUCCCUUUGCUUGUGAUUCCUCUGAACGGAAUGGAAAUAUAGAUGAGAGAUACUUCCUGAGGUUUCUUUCAGCGAAGAGAAUGUUGCCCCACCCUUGCAGUCUCUCACACACACAGCUGGUGUAGAACUCCAGUGAUGACGGUGAUUGUGUGUGUGUGUGUGUGUGUGUGUGCCUGUGCCCGUAUGUGUAUGUCCCAUUGGUAUGUGAAGAAUUAGUAUAGAGUGAGUGUGUGAGUGUGGAGUAUUUAGUGUUACAGUGAUCUCACCUUAAAGACCUCCUUUGAGGGACACUGAAGCAUGAGUGGCUCUGUUUUGCCGACCGCAUCUCAACUCCGACUAAAGGAAAUAGGGUAUCUACCACCCCCUGUUGGACACAUUGGCACAUAAUGCCAAGCGGAAUUUGACUUUUCACCAAAAGAUCUAUUCUGAAGCUGUGUGGUCAUCAUUGAUCUGGACCAUCUUUUCAGCACAAUGCACCCAAAGCAGAGCUGCAUGUGUGUAGCCCAGAGGGCAUGGAAGCAUAACGGUGCCAUAUUUUCACUGUGAAUUUAUUGCCUUUGAAAAAAAGCCUCUUUCUUGUCUUGUACUGCUGUGAACCAAGGUGACGUGAUGUGGUAUGCUCUUUUUUACCCUGUCAGGGAGUGUACUCAUGUCAGACAGGCAUAUUUCAUCUCUGAGUCUAAGCUCUCCAGUGGGCAUCUGAACAAUAAUUGCUCUUGCUUCUUGAGCUCCAGUCCUCGUUUUGGUUCAAUUCAGGAGCCUACGCUGUUGGUUCUAUUAGCUUUUAGAUAAAAAAAAAUAAAAUUACAUAUCUGAAUUUAAUUGGUGCCAGUUGUUUUCCGACCGGAGCUCCGAGAGUCCGUCUGUAGUGAGAGCUUUUAAAGUUGAGGAGGCACAGCUGUAAAACAUCUGGCAAGCAUAAACCAUCUUGUGACGGGAAGAAUGUAACCAAACCGCUUUGAGGUGGUGGGACUCUGUUAACAGAAAAUCGGUAGAAAGGUUUGCUUCUGUGGCUUUCAUCCAGAUAGGCGCUGACUCUAGAGCGGAUCCUUGCCAGAUCAGAUGCAUUCUGGGUAGUUUAGUCAUAUUUCAUUUCAGUAAGGUUAUAUAUAUGUGGAAGUUUGUCUACACAGAUAAGCAGUUUAUAUGGCCUAUUUGCUCUUCAGAUCCAAGGACUUACCGACAAUUAAAACUAGAUAUCCUACAAACUAAACUACAUAGCCAACGUAUAGUCUCUGCUCAAGGCUGUUUAUAGUGUAAGCUAAUGCAUACACACCACAAACACAUUCAUAAGCUAAUGCUAAUGUCUUCAUGUAGAAAAAUACCAGACUAUCCCUUCUUCUGGCUUGCAAUCCCAUUCAAAGACUGUGGGUGCUGCUCAUGAAGCUGGGAUAGGACCCAUAAUAUAUCGCAAAGUCCUCACAUCAAUACCUGAAUCAUAGAAGGACUUUUGCCAGUGGCACAUUUCUCUCUUAAAGUGAACACUUCCUCUGAUGGUAGUUUUGUGUACUUUGUAAAGCCUUUGUUGUAAUGCUUAAGCACGGCUCAUUGUUUUUCUAGGCGGAUUGUUUUCUUUGGUGCUAGUUCAUAUGCUGCUGUUAAAGUCCUACAGUAAAUUUGUGGACUUCUUUCAAAAUCAAACAUGAUCUUGAUUAUAUUUUUCUAUUUAUAUUUGCUAGUAUGAACUUAUCCAGGCGUCUUACUGGCACACAUUUGAUCUUUACUGAGGUUAAUGGGCUUCACACUGAAACCAACAAAUCAAAAAAGUAAACAUUUCGAAUGUCACUUUCCCCUUCCCACUAGGCCGGUCUGUUCAGGUGAAUAUGACUCUAAGGAGCUGCCAGCCAAUCAGCAUCAAAUGAUCCAAACAGUUUGCUGGGUGCUCUAUUUGAUCUCCCUGACUCUAUCGCAAAACAGUUUCUUGGCUCCUCUCCUCCGUGACAAUGCUUCCCCACCACAGGCGACAACUGCAAACAGGGAAGUGUUGACUCUCUGCCCCUCACUGGUGAGAACAAAUAGAAGAGACGUUGUUUUUGCAUCACCUAGUUUUUCUUUUCUGCGUCUUCCUGGGAUCAUUCCCAAUUAUUGCAUGAUUGCCAAAAAAAAACCUAAGAUGUUGCUAUAGCAUCUUGCUGGUUUAUAACAUCCAGUUUUCAGAAUUUGUUUUAUGUGUCGGCCUACUGCCUGAUCCGAAACCACUACUCUAACCACUGCUAUGUUUUAUGUGUAGGCAUACUUCCUGAUCAGAAACCACUACUCUAACCACUGCUAUGUUUUAUGUGUAGGCAUACUUCCUGAUCAGAAACCACUACUCUAACCACUGCUAUGUUUUAUGUGUAGGCAUACUUCCUGAUCAGAAACCACUACUCUAACCACUGCUAUGUUUUAUGUGUAGGCAUACUUCCUGAUCAGAAACCACUACUCUAACCACUGCUAUGUUUUAUGUGUAGGCAUACUUCCUGAUCAGAAACCACUACUCUAACCACUGCUAUGUUUUAUGUGUAUGCCUACUGCCUGAUCAGAAACCACUACUCCAAGUGAGUUGGUCAGGAUUAAUGUGGAACUACAUACACAAGUGUAAGUUAAUGUCCUAAAGAUUUGAUGCAGGAGGAAUGGUGCAGAAACUGCUGACAUAUCAGUCACAAUUAACAUACAAUAUCACAGUUGCAUACUAAGGGUUAUUGUACAUAUAAUUACUUACAUUGCAUGGUCCUAAAUCUUUACAUGUGUACAUUUUUUAUGUUGUUAUGAAAUUAGUUGAUAGAUACGAUUUUCUUUUAUGAUGCACAAACUUUGAAGUUUGUUUUGUAAUAGUUUUGCUCAUGACACUGAAAGUAGUCUUGCCCACAGCACUGUAUUGUGCCCGGCAGCAAGCUGUUUUUUUUCCAUCAGUGCACUUUAUAAAUGAUGAGGCCAAAAUAAAACAAAUGCAAUUGCAUGUACUUGCAUUUGCAAUAUAACAAACUGACCAUAAA